GCCUCAGAAAAGUUUCUUGGGUCUCAAGGGCGAUUCGGUGGCAAGAGCUCGCAUACAAAGACGGGGAUCAUACACCUCUCGCACACGAGGAGAAAACAAAGGCCACGACCUCGGGACGCCCGCAUCGCGCAUCAACUUUUUAUUAUAUAACAUUUCUGUCGUUUUCGAUCCUCCUUUUAGUUCCUGACUUUGAACGCAAUGACUUCGUCCCGGCUCAGGGUGGGCUUUGUGCCUGAGCACUUCUCGACCCCUAUCCACUUCGCUAAGAAGCACUACGGCCUGGAUGCCGAGCUGAUCCCGUUCCCUUCUGGGACGGGCCACAUGAUCACCGCGCUGCGCGCCGGAGAGAUCGACGUCGGUAUCGGCCUGACCGAGGGCUGGGUCGCCGGCCUGGGCAAGGCUCAGGAGGCCGGAGACAAGGACGGCGGCUAUCGACUGAUCGGCACCUAUGUGGAAACACCGCUCUGCUGGGCCAUCUCGACCGGUGCUGAGCGGCCCGAGAUCCGAACGGUCGACUCCCUCCAGGGCGGAAAGAUUGGUGUUUCGCGUAUCGGCUCCGGCAGCUAUGUGAUGGGUUACGUACUCGCCGAGGAGCGUGGCUGGCUGGUACCAACGGCCGGCGUGGGCUCCGACAAGGAACAGGCUGCUCCCUACUCGGACAUUGUCGUCCUCAACACGUUUGAGAACCUGCGCAAGGCCGUCAACUCGGGCGAGGCUGACUUCUUCAUGUGGGAGCACUUCACGUCCAAGCAGUACUACGACAAGGGCGAGAUCCGCAAGAUCGGCGAGAUAUACACCCCCUGGAGCAGCUGGAAGAUCGUCGCUUCGACUCGUCUGAUACAGGGUGACGGUAACCCGGAUGCCGCGGUGGAAAAUCUGCUGGAGAAGCUAGACCAGGGCAUCAAGCACUUCAACGAGAACAAGGAGGAAGCCGUCAAGUAUAUCAGCACUGAGCUGGACUACUCGGAAGAGGACGCCCGGGAGUGGCUCAAGACGGUCAGGUUCCCCGAGCGGACCCGAGGGGUGGACGCCAAGGUGGUGAUCCAGACCGUCGAGACGCUCUGCACCGCGGGCGUGCUGAAGAUCAAUAGCAGCGUGGAUGCGUCCUCAAUGAUCGCGAAGCAGCGAUGA